AUGGCCUGCCCAUUCCUUCAGAGCACCCUAGCGGUGCCGCCGCGGCACACCUCGGUGGAGCAAGAGUUCGCCAACAUCCGUUCACGAUACCCGUCUCUGUCGUCAACAGGCUGCACGGCAAGGUUCUGUCAGUCUGGGCGGAUGACGCACAUUGAUGAAGAGCGCGUGGGCCGGAACCAGUCAUACGCCCAGGUCCGCGAGGAUGCUCUUGACUUCUUACAGCAGAUGCAUAAAGAUGGCCUUAUAAACACCGAGAAGCUUCACCAACGUGCACAUGAGGUCCUCCAAGAGAUUCAAAAAAACUCAACGGAGGGCAAGUUCAUAUCCUCCGAGCGCGGGCCGGAGACGGCGCCGGUGACGACCGUUGGACUCGUCGGUGGCCUCUGGACGCAGACGUUCGAAGAGCUUGAGUUUGGCCUGCGUAUGGCGUGGAAACAUGCCCGGAAAUGCAUCAUGCGUUCUGAAUACGGCAACCUCAGAUUGUGCGACUUGAGACAUGUCCGGACAAGCAAAAAAAUGGCCGAGACUUUGAUCGAGAACCUGAGAGUAGCAUACAACUCUGGCGAAAUCAACCCCACAGUCUUUGUCUUCCCUCCACGAGACAUCAACAGCCGCGGGCCCAUGAUCUGGAACUCACAAUUGCUAGCCUUCGCGGCCUACGAGCAAUCCAACGGCGAAAUCCUCGGCGACCCCGCCAACGUCGAACUGACCAACGCUAUCGUUGAACUCGGUUGGAAACCACCACGCUUCCGCUCCCAAUGGGACCUCUUGCCCCUCGUCACGAUGGCGGAUGGCGAAGAGCCCGUCAUCACAGAGCUGCCCAAGGACGCGUUCCCGCUGGUGCAAAUACGCCAUCCCAAGCACCCCGAGCUCGAGACUCUUGGUCUGCGUUGGGUUCCCGCGCCGGCACUGAGCCGUCUUGGCUUCAGCAUUGGCGGCGUGCAAUACACCGCAACGCCUUUUAUUGGAUGGUUCAUGGAUGCUGAGAUUGGCGUCCGCAAUUUGGCAGAUUCCUUCCGAUACAACGCGCUUCCUCAGGUUGCCAAGACCAUUGGCUUGGUCGACGGGGACGUGGACGAUCUUCCAGACUAUGAACGUCUGGCCGUGUUGUCCCGAGCCCAGUUGGAGCUCAACUACGCCACGUACUGGUCCUUCGCUCAGGCCGGCGUCAGGAUGUCAGACUCCCUCGGCGCCGCGGAGCAAUUUGCCCAGUUCGACGACGAGCACCUCAUGAACAACGGUUUCCGCCUCCCCUCGGAUCCAUACUGGCUGGCGCCUCCCCAAGGCUCAAUCAUCCCCAUCUGGCACCGCGGCGGUUCUCCAAACUACCAGCCAAAACCAUUAAUCUGCCGUCAUGCCCAAGAUCCCAUCAAAGCCUGGCGCCGCGAACGGCGAGCACGCGCAACACGAACUCUCAAUCCUUUACACACGAAGCUCGACAUUUUCGUCCCGUCCAUCUCCCUGACUCGGCCCGCCACACCCGUCUCCCCCUUCGGUACCGCGUCGACAUCUUUCCUACCCGUCCGCCCAUCCUCGCAGGCAACUAGACCGUCGACGCCGCUGACGCCGUUGACCCCCCGCGGGCCCGGGCGCAGAAUCUACAUCGGAUUCUGCAGCUCGGGCAAUGUCGCCAUCAAGCUCUGCAAGAGGCUGUGCGUGCAGCUGCAGCACGCGUGCGACGCCAACCCCAAGUUGGGCUCCGUCGUCGUGCCGUGCACGCUCAACGCCCUCCCCAUCUCCAUGGUCGAGGUCAACGACGUACUGGUCAUCGUUGCCAGCACGACCGGUCGCGGCGAGAUCCCGCAGAAUGGCAAGGCCUUCGCGGACGCGUUGGCGAGGAGCCCCAAGGCGAUCGCGUGUCGCUACGCCAUCUUUGCCAACGGGUCGCUGGAGUACCCCGAUACGUACAAUCAGGCCGCAAUGGACAUUGAGGAGCUGCUGAGUAGAGGCGAGGGGCAGAGGCUCAUUCGCAUGCGCGAAGCCGAUACCAGCACGGAGAACCCUCCGUGGCCCGUCCUCGGCCAGUUUUUUGACCAGGUCCUCGCCGCGCUGCAGAAAUCGAGCUUAGGAGGAGCCGAGAGUGACGCAGACGACGCGCAGUGGACCGCUCGGCCGGUCAGACCUUUUGACACCAGGCCUUGGUUUCAGGCCAAAGUUGUUGGACAGCCUAUUUUGGGGACGACUGCGGACGGCAUGAAGAGGGUCACUCUUGACUUGGGUGAUCGCGAAUAUCCGACCAUGGGCAGCGUUUGGAUUCUGCCGCCCAACUCGAGGAACAAGGUGUCGAGCGUUCUUGGGGCUCUCGGCCUGCAGGCUGAUGAGCGCCUAAACCUCCCUGGUGAGCCUACCGUUGGUGACUUCUUCCAGCGCUUCGUCGAUCUGGAGCGUCCUUUCAAGUCUACCGAAUGGGCUAGUGGACUGUCGUUGUCGCGGCCGGAGACUCUGGCCAAGGCAGCCAUUGAAGAUGUGGUUCACCAGAUACCAGCAGACUGGAGGCGGUUAGUGACGCUGGACAGCCUCUGCAGCGCCAUGCCGACGAUCCAACCAAGAGAAUAUUCAAUCGCCUCUGAUGGGUCGCGAACUAAACACAAAGUCGGGAACACCAUGGAUCUCCUUGUCCAGCACCAUCCCAGCGGCAGAUUCUCAGACAGGUACCUCAACUGCUUUGAGACGUUCGGAGCCGUAACCUGCAAGAUCCGCCCGUCGUCCCACUUGCAGAAUAUCGUCGAAAACCAAGACAGGCCAAUGAUCAUAUUCACGACCGGGUCCGGCAUGGCGCCCGUUCGCGGACUAUUGCAGAACCGCCUCCAGCGGCUCCGUUCUUCUGACGAAGAAUCCGCAAAGGGCCCCACGAUCAGCCUCUUCGCAGGCUUCAAGGCCCCGGACGAAGAAAUCGUGCGCGAGGCGGUUCAAGAAGCCGACGAGGCGGGCAUCUUUGACGUGCUGAGGCUCGUGGGCAGUAACAAGGAGAAGAGGAGGGCGCAAGACGCGAUGCUCGACGAGUGCGUGCGGGAGAAGCUUGCGAAGAACAUUGAGGAAGGCGCGCUUGUCUUUGCGUGCGCGCGGCCGAGGGCCGUGGACGAUUUCCUGAUCAACCUGAGCAAGGUGUUGGGGCGGGAUGCUAGGGAGGUGCUGGGCGACCGGUUCAUUGCGGAUGUUUACCAGCCUGCGACUUGA